CAUGGGAAAAAAAUGCAUGUGUAGACAGGUGCAGCUCAACCUUAAGAAGGUGCUUUGGUGAUACAUCUCAAGAUUUCUGUUUCUGAGUAUGUUCUUAUGUGACUACUCGUGAGCCAUCUCCACUUGAACCAACCACAAGGAAGCCCACCCAUUUUGUUGCUGUGUCACCCUGCUCUGUAUCUCAAGUCUAUUUGUCUCUGUGGCCCCUUUGAAGCAGCACCCUCUGACAACGUCUAGAGCAUAUUGCUAGACAGAAUUGUUUUUCAGUUACACAGAGAGUCCUCUAGCUAUGUCCAAGGAUGGAUACCCCUCUGUGUAUGUGGUGGAUACCAAUGCCACCCGGCCUCCACUGCCACCCAGGCUGAGCCAGGGGCGACAGCGUGCCGGGGUGGCACAGACCCUGCUGAUCCUGCUGGUGAGCGUGGCGUUGUGCGGCAUGGUUAUAGAAGCCUGCUUCAUCUACCGUCUCUACCAACCUGAAUCUGCCCCCUCAGCAUCGUCCUCUAAGCUCACUGCAGGUGAAGUAAUUUCUCCUUCUGUUGAAACUCCCAGUCAUGUUUUUCCGUCCAAACCGGUUGCACAUCUGACAGAUGGACAAGAUGUAAUUCAUGAAAAACAUAUCAUGGCAUGGAGCAUGAAUGCAGACCCUCUCCUCUAUGAAAUGGACUACAAAGACAGAGGUCUCGUCAUUCAGAAGGAGGGUUAUUACUAUGUCUAUUCCAAGGUUUCCUUCUUUGUCACUGAUAGUUUUAACCACUCUGUUAUUCGGAAAACUGAUCGGUACUUUGGGGGAGAAAUUCCCCUCCUAAUGUCCAGAAAACACUUAGAGAAGUCUGGAAAAAUGCGAUCCAACAGUUACCUGGGUGGAGUGUUUCACCUCACAAAAGAUGAUGUCCUUUUUGUAAAAGUGAGCGAUACCUCAAACAUUUGGCGUCACUCUUCCUUUGAGAACAUCUUCGGUGCAUAUAUGAUAUAAAUAUCACAUUGAUGUUUCACAAUGAAUCCAAACACCCGGAAAACAGUCAAUAAAAGUUGAAAAUAAAUGCUAAAGAAUCCUCUUGAGAAUUAUUGAUUCUCUUUGUGAAGAACAAGUAGGUACAUAUCUGGAAGGCUGAAGGGGUGAAAACCUCUCUGUGCCACUGAGUAUGGUGAAGGUUAAGACCGUACUGAAGACUUGUUUUUAUUGGGGGGUAAAACUCAUACAUUUUUGAGUAUGUCUAUU